AUGGCUACGUUGGAUAGGUAUCAAGUUUUAAGGUUGCGGUUUCAUUUUCCUAAGUACGACCCGGACGAGUGGAUCAUGCCAUACUUACAGUUGGCGGGAUUUGGGGACGUUGUAUUAAUCCGAAGGUUUGACCUGAGGGUGAACUUAAUAUCCGCUUUGGUUGAGUGGUGGUGUACGAAGACCCACACCUUCAUUAUGCCAUGCAGAGAGUGCACUAUCACAUUGGAAGAUGUCGCAAUGCAACUUGGGUUACGAGUUGGCGGUGCUGUGGUCACGGGCCGAAGAAAAGUGUUGGAACCUUUAAUACUAUGCCACAGAUUGUUCGGACGGUCCCCUAGUGAUAGGGAACAUAAUUUCACAUGCUUGACACUGGCAUGGUUGAAAGCAAAUUUUAAGAAGUUAUCAAGCACUGCCAUUGAGCACGAGAUGGUGUGUGCUGCUCAAGCAUAUCUUAUGCAGCUGAUCGGGGGUACUUAUGCCGAACAACACGUCUAA